GGUAACCAUGCUUUGUCACGUACUAUCAACGUCCAGUUGCUGUAGUUAUGAUGCUGUGGCUGGUGCUGAUUGGGACCCUGUCCCUCGUGGUGGGAAGGCCUCAGUCUCCCCGGCGCUAUCUGACAAUCCAUGCUGGCAGCACCACGUAUUAUGGUAAUAUGGCGUCAGUUUAUGUACAAAGGAAUGUCGAGGUACCAACACUCCAUAAUUUGAAGUACGACACCAUAUUAGACAUAGCUCUCUACGACCAAAUCACAAUAGAAGAACAUGGCCUGUACGAAGUGUAUAAUGAUCCGGAUAGACCAGUAAAGUUUGUGACGGGCGACAAGGUAUUGAUGUGGGUUUACAAUCCGAACACGCUUCAGUUCCGCAAUGUAUUGUCAGUCAUGUUCGCUAAUGACGCUGACUUCCGAGUAUUCAAGAGAAUACUCCAACAGUACGUGAACGGAUAAUUGAUUACAAUUACAUGUUUAAUAAAGAAAAUG